GCUCUUCACAAUAGCGAACAAUAGAUUCCAUGCACAACGGUCGCGAACGCCAGAGUGUGUACUCCUCGCGCCGCACACCGCACACCGCACACCUGUGUAUAUCUACGCUUACACUCUGCCUAUGUUACAACCGUCACUUGCGCCACUUUUUCUUGCCGUUCUUGAACCCCUGCGGCUGGCGAGGCUUCUCCGGUCUGAAUCCGAGGUCUCUGGCAAGCGCCGAGUCCAGCGAAAUGCCGAACUUGUGGAUCCGCUUGAGACUGGCCUCCAGCUGUGCAAUGUCCUCCUCGUUGCCGAACUUUCUUGCCCGGGCAAUCUUCUUGUUCAGCAGCUCGAUCGCCGCCUGUUUCAGUUCCUCUGGAUUGAGGUUUUUCUUCUCCUCCCUCGCGGUUUCUGGCGUUUCCUUGGAGUCCGGGGCCGCGGCACCCUGUGGCGGUUUCUCGGCUCCUGCAGCCGUCUUUUGAGCGGCCGGCUCCUGCUUUUUCUCCUCGGGCUUUGAGUCUACCGGCUGUGGCUCCUUUUCUGGCGCCGGCUCGUCCUUUCUCGCGCCAGACUCCUCUCCCGCGUCGAGUUGGGCCUCAAUCUUGUCAGACUCCUCCAGACGCGCAAUCAGGUCUGCCUUCACCCCGUUGGUCGGCAGACCCCUUUGCUUGAGCAGUUCCUUGAGCUGAGGCACCGUUUGACUUGCGUAGGCGGCCAUUUCUUAUAUUUUGUGCAACGCGAUGGUAAACAAUUUUUACAGCAAUUCGAAAUUCAAGGGAGCACAGCCGUGAAGAAAAAAUUCAUCUUUAUUUCCCAUAUAUCCAUGAGCGCUGUGUCUCCUGUGCAGGUCAAAUACUGCGGCGUGUGCAGCUUCCCGGUGGAGUUCUGUGAGUUUGGCAAGAAGUUCAAGAAAUGUAAGGCCUGGCUCGAGGAGGACGACCCGGAGCUCUACAAAAAACUGUACUCCGAAAGCGCGCACAACUCGUCGCUGUCAUCUGAAAAAGAGGCCAAGAUCUCUGAGUCGCUCGCCAAGAUGCAGCUCAAAGAGGAGCGCAAGCUGGAGCGCGAGCUCCAGUCGCUUAAAAGCUCAAGGGUGUUGAUAAAGCGGAUCCAGCGCACAAAACACAAGCACGUUAUUGCCAUCGCAGGUCUCGAGGUUUUCGACGUGGACAUGAAGAAGAUGGCCAAGACAUUCGCCUCGAAGUUUGCCACGGGCGCGUCGGUGACAAAGAAUGCUGAGAAGAAGGACGAGGUGGUUAUCCAGGGAGACGUGGGGGACGAGGUGGAAACGUACAUUUUGGGGCUUUUGAAGGACAAGGGUCUAGAAGAUGUCAAGGUCGAGCAGGUGAGCGAGAAAAGGAAGUGAUAUACGGA